CUUCCAGGACCCACCGUUCUUUUUGUGUGUCUGUGUGUGUUGAAAAUGUCUGUAGAAAACGUUUGCCAAUACAGCAGUCUCCACAUUCCCAAUUCAGUGACACUGGUUACAUUCCUCACGUUGUGCCACCGUUAUCACUGUCCUUUUCCAAAAUAUUUUACCACCAUUAACAUGAACUCAAUGCCCCCCAACAAAAACUUCCCCUUUCCCCCUCCCUCACACCCCUGAUAACCAUUAAUAAUCUUGAUUUCUAUAUAUUUGCUGGUUUCAUUUACGUAAAAUCAUACAGUAUCUGUCCUUUUGCAACUGACUUAUUUCACUCAGCAUAAGGUUUUCAGGUUCAUCCACGUUGUGGUAUGUGUCAGGACUUCAUUUCUUAUUCAGCUGAGUAAUAUCCCAUUGUAUGUAUAUGCCACAUUUUGUUUAUCCAUUCAUCUGUUGAUGGACAUAUCAGUUGUUUCCACCUUUUAGCUGUUGUGAAAAUUGUUGCAGUGAACAUUGGUUUACAGGUUUCUGUUUGUGUUCUUGCCUUCACUUCUGGGUAUAUACCUAGGAUUGGGAUUGCUGGGUUAUAUGGUAGUUCUGUGUUCAACUGUUUGAGGAGCUGCCCAACUGUUUUCCACAGUGGCUGCACCAUUUUACAUUCUUACCAGCAAUGGAUGAGCGUUCUAGUUUCUCCACAACCUCACCAACACCUGUUGUUGUUUUUAAUCAUUGCCAUUCUAAUGACUGUGAGGUGGCACCCACUGUUCUGCUUUUUGAUUGGAGAGUUAUUCAAUUUACAUUUAAGGUAAUUAUUCCAAAACAAUUUUGAAGAACAAAGUAGAAAACCUCAGACUUCUAACUGCAAAAUACAUUAUACAGCUAUAGUAAUCAACACAGCUUGGCAUUGGUUUAAUGAUAGACACAUAAACCAAUGAGAUAGAAUUAAGAAUCCAGAAAUAAAUCCAAACAUCUAUGAUCAAUUGAUUUUUGACAAGUGAGCCAAAUCCAUUCAUUCAUUGGGGAAGGAAGUCUCUUCAACAAGUGGUGCUGACAGAACUGGAUUUCCACAUGCAGGAAAAUGAAACAAAAUCCAUACCUCAUGUCAUACACAGAAACUAAUUCACAGCAGAUUGAGGACCUAAAUGUUAAAUCUAAAAUCAUAAAGUUCUUGGAAGAAAAUUUUGGAGCACAGCUUUGGGACCUAAUUUUUUCAAUUAUAGAUUAUCAAAUACAUCUAAAGUAAUUACCGAUAAGACUGAGUUCUGCCAUUUUGCUAUUUGUUUUCUAUGUGCCUUAUACUUUUUUGCCCCUUAUUUCCUCCAUUAUUGCCUUCUUUUGUGUUUAGUUCAUCUUUUGUUGUCAACCAUUUUCAUUCCUUUCUCAUUUCCUUUUGUGCAUAUUUUUUAGAUAUUUUCUUUGUGGUUACCAUGAAGAUUAUAUUUAACAUCCUAAAUUCCUAACAGUUUAGUUUGAAUUGAUACCCACGUCAAUGAAACAUGAAAACUCUGUUCCUGUAUAGCUCCUUCUGCUUUUUAUGUAGCUAUUGUCAUAAAUUACAUCUUUAUACAUUGUAUGCAUAAUAACAGAUUUGUCAUUACUUAUGCAUUUGUCUUUCAGAUCAUGUGGGUCAUAAAAAGUGAUGUUACAAACCAAAAAUGCAGUAAUACUGGCUUCUAUACGUGCUCAUGUAUUUACCUGUAGAGUUUCACAUUACUGUCUAGUACCUUUUAUUUCAACCUCAAGGCUCCCUUCAGCAUUUCUCAGAGUCCUUGGAUGGUUCAAAUGAUUAGUGCACUUGACUGCUAACUGAAAGAUUGGAAGUUCAAGCCCACCCAAAGGCACCUCAGAAGAAAGAAUUGGCAAUCUGCUUCCAAAAUAUCAGGCACUGAAAACCUCAUGGAGCACAGUUCUACUCAACACGCUGUCAUGGAUUGAAUUGUGUCUCCUAAAAACAUGUCAACUUGGUUAGGCCAUGAUUCCCAGUAUUGUGUGGCUAUCCUUCUUUUUUUUAUUGUAAUUUUAUGUUAAAGAGGAUUAGGAUGGAAUUGUAUUAACACCCUUACUAAGGUCACAGCCCUGAUCCAAUGUAAAAGAAGUUUCCCUAGAGUGUUGCCUGCACCGCCUUUUAUCUUAAAAGAGAUACAAGGAAAGGGAAGCAAACAGAGAGUGAGGACCUCAUACCACCAAAAAGGAAGCACCGAGAGCAGAGCAUGUCCCUUGGACCCAGGGUUCCUGUGUGGAGAAGCUCCUAGUCCAGGUGAAGAUUGACAAGAAGGAUCUUCCUCCAAGGCCAACAGACAGAGAAAGCCUUCCCCUGGAGCUGAUGCCCUGAAUUUGGACUUCUAGCCUACCACACAGCGAGAAAAUAAAUUUCUCUUUGUUAAAGCCAUCCACUUGUGGUAUUUCUGUUAUAGCAGCACUAGAUGUCUAAGACAAACCCAUAGGGUCACCAGGAGUUAGAAUCAUCUCAACAGCAACUGUUUUUUUUUACUGGUAGGGCAGAUGUAGUGGUGAUAAACUCCCUAAGUUUUUGUUUAUGUGGGAAUAUCUUAAAUUUUCCCUCAUUUUUGAAGGACACUUUUGUCAGAUACAGAAUUCUUGGUUGAUAGUUUUUUUCUUUUACCAUUUUAAAUGUCACCCCACUGUCUCCUGGCCUCCAUGAUUUCUGAUAAGAAAUCAGCUGUUAAUCUUAUUGAGGAUCCCUUGUACAUGACUGGUUACUUCUCCCUUGCUGCUUUCAAAAUUCUCUCUUUGUAUUUCCAGAGUUUGAUUAUAAUGUGUCUCAGUGUGGAUCUCUUUGAGUUUAUCCUAUCUGUAGCUCAUUGAGCUUUUUGGGUGUGUAGAUUGCUGUCUUUCAUCAAAUUUGGGAAGGUUUUGGCCAUGAUUUCUUCAAAUAUUCUUUCUGCCCCUUUCUGUCUCUCUUCUCCUUCUGGGACUGCCCAUAAUAUAUACGUUGGUUCAUUUGAUGGUGUAUGACAAGUUCCUUAGGCUCUGUUUGUCUUCAUUCUUUUUUUUUUUCCUAUCUCCUACUUAGACUAGACAAAUUCAGUUGUCCUAUUGUCAAAUUUACUGAUUGUUCAACCAGGUCAAAUCUUCUGUGAACCCCCCUAGUGAAUUUCUCAUUUCAGCUCCAGAAUUUGGUUAUUUUAAUAACUUCUGUUGCUUUAUUGAUAUUUUCAUUUUUUUCAUAUAUCAUUUUCCUAGUUUUCUUUAUUUGUAUUUUCCUUUAGCUCUUUGAGCAUAUUUAAGACAAUGGUUUUAAGACCGUUGUCUAGUAAGAUCAAUGUCUGGCUUCCUCAGGAAUAGUUUCUGUUGCUUUAUUUUACAUGUAAGUGAAUGAGCCAUACUUUCCUUUUCUUUGUAUGUAUGCCUUGUGAUUUUUUUGUUGAAAAUUGAAUAUUUGAAUAUUAUAGAAAAAUAACUCUACAAAUCAGAGUCUCUCUCUCCCCUAGAGUUGCCCUGUUGGUUUAGUGACUGUCUUAGUUAUCUAGUGCUGCUAUAACAGAUAUACCACAAGUGGAUGGCUUUAACAAAGAGAAAUUUAUUCUCUCAUAGUCUAGGAGGCUAGAAAUCCAAAUUCAGGUCACGAGCUCUAGCGGAAGUCUUUCUCUGUCUUUUGGCUCUGGGGAAAGGUCCUUGUCAUCAAUCUUCCCUUGGUCAAGGAGCUUCUCAGCUCAGGGACCCCGGGUCCAAAGGACCCACUAUGUUCUUGGUGCUUCUUUCUUGGAGGUAUGAGAUACCCCACUCCCAUGUCUCUUUGCUCACUUAUCUCUUUUUUGCCUCAGAAGAGGUUGACUUAAGACACAACUAAUCUUGUAGAUUAGUUGUGUCUUAACAUUAACAUUACUGCCUCUAAUCCUGCCUCGUUAACAUGGAGGCAGGAUUUACAGCACAUAGGAAAAUCACAUCAGAUGACAAAAUGGUCAACAGUCAUGCAAUGCUGCGAAUCAUGGCCUAGCCAAGUUGACACACAUUUUUGAGGCACAUAACGCAAUCCAUAACAGUGACUUUUCCAACCUAAUAAACUUUGGUCUCUAUGCAGUUGCCUUUCCUAGUUAUUUUAUGUAAGUGAGAUCAUACAAUAUUUGACCUUUUAUGCCUGACUCAUUUCUCUCAGCAUAAUGUUUGCAAGGUUCAUCCAUGUCAUAGCACGUAUCAGAGCUUCAUUUCUCUUUAUGGCUCAGUAAUAUUCCAUUUUAUGUAUAUACCACAUUUAGUUUAUCCAUACAUCUGUGGAAAGUCACUUGGGUUGUUUCCAUCUUUUGGCUGCUGUGAACAUUGGUGUACACAUAUCUGCAUCUCUGCCUGCAAGUCUCUUGGGUGCAUAUGUAGGCAUAGAAUUACUGGGUGAUAUUGCAGUUCUAUGUUUAACUUUUCAAAGAACCACCAAACUUUUCCAUAGCAGCUGUACUAUUUUACAUUCCCACCAGCAAUGCACAAGGGUUCCAGUUUCUCCACAUCCUCACUAACACCUAUCGUUUUUCUUUUUUUGUAAUGGUAGCCAUCCUAGUGGGUCAAAGUCAUUCUUAACUUGCUAUUCCAUAUCCCACAUCCAGCCCAUCGCCAUGCUGUCGACUCUGCCUUCAGAAGCUGCCCAGACCCUGACUUCUCACCACUUUCUGCUGCCACCAGGGCCUAGCCACUGUCCUUGCUGGGGUCCCUUCUAUGAGACAGCCAGAUCAUCCCACUCCUGUGCAAACCCUGCACUGCCUCCCAGCCUUUGCAGAGCAACCCACGGUCCUUUCCACAGCCCUGAGGCCCUGCAUCCUGUGUCUCUGUUCUCUCCCUGGCUUGUUCCCUCACUCAGCUCCACUGAUUGCCUCGCAGGUUCAAACACACCCUUGCCUCCCCUGGUCUCUCUGCCUGGACACUCUUCCGCAGCUGCCACAAGACCCACUCCUCCCUGCACCUUCUGACCCUGCUGACUUGGCCCUACCUGGUGUGUGUUGACCAGCUGCCCCCACACUUCAGUGUGAAUACCGGAGUACAAGGACAGGGAAGUGCCCAGGGCUGGGCUGCCUGUACCCUGGGCUGUUCCAGGCUUGUCAUAGGUAGUGAGUGAAUAAUUGAGGAAUGAUUGGAUUCAUUCCUGAAAGUGGAAUGGCCAGGGGUGUGCAUUUGUAGUUGCUCCAGGUCAAGGUUGUACCAGUUUACUGGCACCAGGUCUACCUGCAUUUGCCGUUUUCCAUACCUCAUCCACUCCAUGUUCUCAGACUCUGGAUCUUUGCUAGUGUGAUAAGUACAAACUCACUUUACCUCUAAUUUGCCCUUGUUUUAGGAAUGUUGUUGAGCACCAUUUCCUAUUACAAAGGGCUAAUUAUCUUCUUAUACAAGCCAGUUACCAUCGAAUCAACUCUGACUCAUAGAGACCCCAUGUUUGUCAGAGUAGAACUGUGCUGCAUAGCGUUUUCAAUGGCUGAUUUCUUGGGAUUAGAUUGGCAGGCCUUUUUUCCAAGGUACCUCUGGGUAAACUAGAACCUCCAACAUUUCAGUUAGUAACCAAGUGCUUAACCAUUUGCACCUCCCAGGGAUUUCCAUUUCAUAUUACAAAGAAAUAAUUUCCUCAUUGUAUUAAGGCUCCUAAAAAUCAAUAAGAGAAAGAAUAAUUGGGAAAAAAAUGGGUUAAAAAUAUGAAUUGACGCACAUAAAAAGACCAGACUUAAUCGUCUGACAGAGACUGGAGGAAUCCCUGAAACUUUGGCCCCCAGACACUCUGGUAACCCAGAACUGAAACCAUUCCUGAAGCGCACCCUUCAGACAAAGAUCAGACAGAACUAUAAAACAAAAAACACAUGUGAGGAGUGUGCUGCUUCGUUUAGUCAGGUACAGGAGACCAAAUGGGCAGCUCCUGUCCAGAGGCAGGAUGAGAACCCUGGAAGGAACAGGAACUGGUUGAAUGGACACAAGGAACCCAGGGUGGAAAGGGGGAGUGUGCUGUGACUUUGUAGGGAUUGCAACUAAUGUCACAAAACAAUGUGUGUAUAAAUUUUUGUAUGAGAAAUUAACUUGAGCUGUAAGCUUUUACCUAAAGCACCAUUAAAAUAUGUAUAUAUAUGAAUAGAUAGUUCACAGAAAAGGAAACCAAAUGCUUUUAAACAUGAAGAGGUACUUCUGAGUUUUGAAUGAUAUAGGUUUAUUUUCUGUAUUGAGAUUAUUUUAAAAGUUCAUGUUUUCCUGUAGUGUUUUGUUGUUUUGUUUUUUUUUACUCAAAUGUCUGCUAAAUCUGGAAUAUGUCUUGGUAGAAGAUGUGAACUAGAAGUCUAACUUUUUUUUCCAGAAUGUUACUCAGUUGUCCCAAUACCAGUAUUUUUAUUUUAAUUAUUUAUUUUAAUAAUGCUAUAUAAAGGAGUCCCUGGGUAGAGCAAACAGUUAAGUGCUUAGCUACUAACCGAAAGCUUGGUGAUUUGAAUCCACCUGGAGGUGCCUCAGAAGAAAGGCCUGACAAUCUACAUCCAAAAAAUCAGCCAUUAAAAACCCUACAGCACGUGACUCUACUCUGACAUACAUGGGGUCACCAUGAGUCAGAAUGAACAGCAACUGGUUUUUUUUUUUUUUUUAAUAUUUAUAAGCAUCAAUUCUAUAUUUACAAUGAUCAGAAAGAGAGGAAGGGUUCAUAUGUUUUCUUUACUCAGCCAGCAGGUAUUGAAUGUCACGUGUCAGACACAGAGCCAGUUGUUGCAAAUGCCUGCAGUGGCUCAGAUGGUAAGCCACUCAUGCUCUCACGGGGAGACAAGACAGAACCUGACUGUGGCCUGACCUGCAACGGGUUGUAACGGGUCCAUUGCAAGAGCAUUGGACCCAGAAGGAAGCAAUUCAUCCUACCACCGAGUGUUGGGAGAAUUCUUUAAAGAGGAGUUGGCGCUUGCGCGAGGCCUUUGGACAGCUGAGUUUCGUUCUCCAAUCAUGGAGUCGGAGUUGGCAGUGGUGCUGCAGCCGGAAGAGCAGCCUGUGAACGCUUUCCUCACUAUUUAUCCAAAGCUGGAGUGUGAGGGCUGAAGCCUUGGUGGCUCUAAGACAAGAUGAAGACAGUGUUCAUGGUUGCAGAAAAGCCGUCCUUGGCCCAGUCCAUUGCCAAGAUCCUCUCUCGAGGGAGCAUGUCUUCACACAAAGGGCUGAAUGGAGCCUGCUCAGUCCACGAGUACACUGGGACCUUCACUGGCCAGCCCGUCCGCUUCAAGAUGACAUCUGUCUGUGGUCACGUGAUGACCCUGGAUUUCCUAGGAAAGUACAACAAGUGGGACAAAGUGGACCCUGCCGAGCUGUUCAGCCAAGCGCCUACGGAGAAGAAGGAAGCCAACCCCAAGUUGAACAUGGUGAAGUUCCUGCAGGUGGAGGGCCGGGGCUGUGACUACAUCGUGCUGUGGCUGGACUGUGAUAAAGAGGGCGAGAACAUCUGCUUUGAGGUCCUCGACGCAGUGCUGCCUGUCAUGAAUAAGGCCCACGGUGGUGAGAAGACAGUGUUCCGGGCCAGAUUCAGCUCCAUCACAGACACGGACAUCUGCAAUGCCAUGGCCCGCCUGGGCGAGCCCGACCACAAUGAGGCACUCUCGGUGGAUGCCCGCCAGGAGCUGGACCUGCGCAUCGGCUGCGCUUUUACCAGGUUCCAGACUAAAUACUUCCAGGGGAAAUACGGUGACUUAGACAGCUCUCUCAUCUCCUUCGGCCCUUGUCAGACUCCUACCCUGGGGUUCUGCGUAGAGAGACACGAUAAAAUACAGUCCUUCAAGCCGGAGACAUACUGGGUGCUGCAGGCCAAGGUGAAUGCUGAUAAAGACAGAACUCUCCUUCUAGACUGGGACCGAGUGCGAGUGUUCGACCGGGAGAUUGCACAGAUGUUUUUAAACAUAACGAAGAUGGAGAAAGAAGCCCAGGUGGAGGCCACCAGCAGGAAGGAGAAGGCCAAGCAGAGGCCCCUGGCUCUGAACACUGUGGAGAUGCUCCGGGUGGCCAGCUCUUCUCUGGGCAUGGGGCCACAGCACGCCAUGCAGACCGCAGAGCGCCUCUACACACAGGGCUACAUCAGCUACCCACGCACUGAGACCACCCACUACCCCGAGAACUUCGACCUGAAGGGCCCUUUGCGGCAGCAGGCCAACCACCCGUACUGGGCGGACACGGUGAAGCAGUUGUUGGCAGAGGGGAUCAACCGCCCACGGAAAGGCCAUGAUGCUGGCGACCAUCCCCCCAUUACCCCUAUGAAGGCGGCCACAGAGGCUGAAUUAGGGGGUGACGCAUGGCGGCUGUACGAGUAUAUCACGCGGCACUUCAUCGCCACGGUGAGCCAUGACUGCAAGUACCUGCAGAGCACCAUCACCUUCCGCAUUGGUCCCGAGCACUUCACCUGCUCUGGGAAGACCGUCAUUUCACCAGGCUUCACAGAGAUCAUGCCCUGGCAGAGCGUGCCCCCGGAGGACAACCUGCCUACCUGCCAGCGGGGUGACACCUUUGCCAUCAGUGAGAUGAAGAUGCUGGAGAAGCAGACGAACCCGCCCGACUACCUGACAGAGGCCGAGCUUAUCACGCUCAUGGAGAAGCACGGCAUUGGAACGGACGCCAGCAUCCCUGUGCACAUCAAUAACAUCUGCCAGCGGAACUACGUCACUGUGGAGAGCGGGCGCCGGCUGAAGCCCACCAACCUCGGCAUCGUCCUGGUGCACGGCUACUACAAGAUCGAUGCAGAGCUGGUGCUCCCCACCAUCCGCAGCGCCGUGGAGAAGCAGCUGAACCUGAUUGCCCAGGGCAAGGCUGACUACCGCCAGGUGCUGGGGCACACCCUGGACAUCUUCAAGAGGAAGUUCCACUACUUCGUCGACUCCAUCGCCGGCAUGGACGAGUUAAUGGAAGUGUCAUUUUCACCCCUGGCCGCCACAGGCAAGCCCCUCUCCCGCUGCGGGAAGUGCCACCGGUUCAUGAAGUACAUCCAGGCCAAGCCCAGCCGCCUGCACUGCUCACACUGCGAUGAGACCUACACCCUCCCCCAGAACGGCACCAUCAAACUCUAUAAGGAGCUCCGGUGCCCACUGGAUGACUUCGAGCUGGUCCUGUGGUCGUCAGGCUCACGGGGCAAGAGCUACCCGCUGUGCCCCUACUGCUACAACCACCCGCCCUUCCGAGACAUGAAGAAAGGUAUGGGCUGCAACGAGUGCACACACCCCACCUGCCAACACUCGCUGAGCAUGCUGGGUGUCGGGCAGUGUGUGGAAUGUGAGAGUGGAGUGCUGGUACUGGACCCCACCUCAGGCCCCAAGUGGAAAGUGGCUUGCAACAGGUGCAAUGUGGUGGCGCACUGCUUCGAGAAUGCCCACCGCGUACGUGUGGCUGCUGACACCUGUGGGGCCUGUGAGGCCGCCCUGCUCGACGUGGACUUCAAUAAGGCCAAGUCCCCACUGCCCGGCGGUGAGACACAGCACAUAGGUUGUGUCUUCUGCGACCCGGUCUUCCAGGAGCUGGUGGAGCUGAAGCAUGCAGCGGCCUGCCAUCCCAUGCACCGUGGUGGCCCGGGCCGCAGGCAGGGCCGAGGGCGGGCCCGUGGCCGGAGGCCUUUGGGGAAGCCCAGCUCCCGGCGGCCAAAGGACAAGAUGUCAGCGCUGGCUGCCUACUUCGUGUGAGGGCCAGUGUGUGCCCUGGUCCUGGGUGGGACAGCUGCCUCAUCAUGGUUGUCCUCUAGGCACUAAAACCAUUAAAAUACAUUUUUUUACCCUAGAGCAAAGAUCCCAGGCCUUGUGCUGGUCAAAGCUCUCAGAGACUUGACUCAUCCCUGGGGCCUGUGGGGCCCUCCUCUUCCUCCUUCCCUGCCUGGUCUCCUUCACUCCCCUCUCCCCCUUCCCUGUCCCUGCCUCUCCCUGUAUCCCAAGCACAAGUCCUUCAAGCCUCCUGCUCCAUCUGGCACAGGUGGUGCCCACAGGACGCCCCACAUCUGGAGGCGGAGUAGAUAUGGUCAGCAGUUCAAAGUAUAUUCAACCUGUGGCCACACGUAGGAGGCCAUGACAGUCAUCCCCCCGAAAUGUGUUGUGGGAGAGAGGCCCAGCCAGGAAGGACCCUCUUUGGACAGGCUUUAGGAAGCCCCUUGCCUUCUCUCCAGCUGCCUGUGUAGCCUUCAGCCCUCUAGACCCCCAUGGUUUGUGCUUCUAGUUCCCAGCUCCGUAGCUCAGAGCAGGCGCUAUUUAGGGCCCCUGCACAAUAGUGUGAGCCAGGCUCUGGCAGCUCUUGGGGCCUCUUUGGCUCCCGUUCUCACAACAAGGCCAUUGUGUUUUAGACAGGGACAGUAACGUACAAGAGAGAGUGCAAGGGUGCCCCUAGAAGCUGUCACGUGCCAAGUUUAGGAAAGACCUGUAAGCCCAGCUGGCAGUCAGCUGUCAUCUGUGACCACUACCCCUUCCCAUGCUCCCCACUCCGGCCACAGCUGCCUAGGGCAGCAUGCACUGUCCACCUCCACCCAUCUGUGCUUCACCCUGUGGUGGCAGGAGUACGGUCCUGUGGAACCCCUGUGCAAACAUCCCGGGACACCAUACACAGCCCCCCUCUUGGUGCAGGCUCAGUUUACAUACAGCAUGUGAGGCUCUGAUGAGAACUUCAGUAAAUAAACCAAUGUGCACACUGUCACCACCAGAACCUCUGCCAGGGCCAGUGAACAUCCCUGGUGCUCCCUGGGACACCAUUUGGGAAACUGCUGCAGAAACAAAGAAAAUAUGCAGUGAGACCGAUGGGUAUCGCCUGGGGAAGACCACCCCAGGCUAGCUCCCUGGGAAACUGUGCUGCAGCCAGGCUGACAGGAACUGUGCACCUGGAAGGUCUGGGGGCUGAGCUUCUCCAGGUGGGGACCCCUCCUACCAUUCCACCCCUCCAGUCAGAUCCCAGCACACAGACCAGGCCAUGCUCAGGAGUGGGGAGGGUCCCCGCACAGGCUGUGACUCCUGCAACCUCAUGGCCAUCACUAUCACACAUUGAGGACAGAAGGGCCUGGCCCCAGGACCCUGCAGUGAGGCAGCCAAAUAGGCAGUGGAGUUAGGGCUUUUCGGGACUCAAACACAGACGUCACAUUCCUAACACCAGGAUUUGGCCACGAGCAGGGCUCUGCAUAAAGUGUCCAUCUGUCUUUCUCUGCCACUAGCCCUCAUGUAGGAGUCCUGUCAGGGCCCUUGGCUGUCAGAUUGGAUUCUGCACUCCUGGACCCUUCCAUGUACAUCACCACAGCUGCAGGCACAAUAAGGACACAGAAGAGGUGGCUCAAGCCUGAAGUGCCUCAACAGCUGUGUUGGCCGUGCCUUCUCGUGCCCUGGGGUCUGGGGAGGGCGGUGACUGCAGGCCACCUGCUGGAAGAGCCACAGGGUGAGCCCUCCAGACCAGGCCUCUGGUCUCAUGGUAGUUGGAUCAGCUGGACACAGACUGGCUCCCUUAAGAGAACUGACCCUGUCACCUGAGGUUCUGGCACUCUGGUGCUGUGGGUGCUCCUAUGUGUUUGCUCAGUUGGAUGGAGCACUCCGUCCCGGGGCUGAUGGGCAGAGGAGGCGGCUGUGACCUGCAGAUAUGAGCCCCCUCUCCAGCCCUGCCCCAGGUCAGGCCUUUUGUGACCUGGAGGAAGCAGCAGCCAAGGGAGACCCCAGGUGCCCUCUAGAAGGCGGCACUGCUGCAGGCGGAACCAGGCCUGCUCACACUGUAAGCAGCCCUGCAAGUCAGGGGAGGGGUUGACAGCUCCUUCCCCCGAGGUCACAGCCAUCAUUGGUGGUUGGAAAGCCUAGAAUGAUGUGAACCAUCUCUACCUGACUCUAUCUGGCAGUGUGUGAGGGGAUGGAGGAGGAAGGUGUUGGUGAUGGCCAGAACACGAAGAGCGAGCCAAGGACACAGGGCAGGGUUUGAGGAUGGACAUUCAGACAUUCUGAGUCUGAGGGAGUUUGGCAGAGGGGGUGGGGAAGAGUAGCAUCCUUCAGCUGGGAGCUGAGGGCUUAGCACAGACUUGGUGCCCAAUGGGCUGUGACGGCAAGAGACUCCUUCCAUGAGGGUGUGGGAGGUGGAAGGGGUGACCCCAGGCAUAUCCUCUGACAAGGGGUGAGCCCCAGAGGGUGGCCGUGCCUCACUGAGCCAUCAUUGCUGAGCUGAAGCCCCAAAUGCAGUCCGCGGUGUGGGACAGCCCCUGCUGAGGGGGUGCAGGUGUGCCACCUUCCGCUUCACUUCACAGUGGGCUAGGCCCUGUCACAAGUACCACCUAACUAGAGAUGAGGCUCUAACUUUCCUUGAACCUCCCACACACACACACACACACACACACACACGCGGACAUUCUGAUGC